GCUGACUGUAAAAAAAGGAUUUAGAAACGUUAAUAAUCGUUAGUUUUAACAGCAUAAAGAAGCUAUUAUUGAUUCACAUCAGUUCGGUUAUUGUUAUUGGUGUUAUUACUGUUGAGAAGUUUGCUAAAGUGGAGUAAAAUGAAUAUCUUUCAAUCAUUUGUUUGUUAAACCACAAUUGGAUUGGUGUUGAUGGCAAUCAUUUUAGGUUUACCAUCAAGUCGAUCUGCACCAUUGGAAGAAGCCAAGUUCUUGCGACAGAUUGCUGACCAAUACAGCGCUCCAUUGGUUGCCUCAUUCCUACAUUCAAGAAUCCAGAAAAACGAAGAAAUGAUUUCACAAAUUAAAAGCUCUCUAAAAAAUUUGGAUCAAUCUAAAGUUGAGGUGUUUGGUUUAGCUGAAAAGACGCUUGAGUUAUUGGAAGAGCAGUUAACUGCUCUUGAAAAGGCUGAUUACUUUGACUUCAAUGGAACUGAAAAAGUAAAGUAUUUUAUUGAACAAUUCAUCAUGCAAAACGAAAUAUAUCCAAUUGAGUUUGGUUCCUAUGGCGUAGUUAAAGUGGCUGUUACACCUGAUAUUCUGUUGGAAGAUUUGCCAAAAAAGAGAAGCCAUGAUUUGAUCAAUGUGACAAAUAGUAUGAUUCAAACAUACUUAUCCGAUAUCGAUGGAAAAGAGCGAAGUCCUGAUAACAGCCGAAUGCAAAAACUUGCCACUUUUCUGGAUAAACAAGAGCUACAGCUAUUGGCCAAUUACUCGUAUCCACCAGCUGAUGAUAAUUACCAUUACACUGAUCUUACCGAUCCUCGUAAAGUUGCACUUGGUACAGUGCUGAGAAAAGUAAAAACAGUUGUUGGCUUCUUUUAUGCUCAGUUUAACAAUUUGGCUGAUCUAAAGUCAAGUAAAAAAACAAGUGAAGUAUCUGCUAACCAAAAACCUGAAAUCGCGGUGGUUACAGAAAAGUUUCAAAUAACCUCAAGUGUCUCAAGUGUCUCAAGUGUUCAAUAUUUUGAACCCAAAGAUUAUGAUCAAGACGAGUAAAAUAGUGGUUAAUUUUUGGUGUAACACUUUCUUCACAUCUGUGAACAUCUUUAGUUUCAAGCUGUAAAAUCUGGUCUUAUUCUCUGGUCUUAAAAUCUGGCCAAUUACUCGUAUCCACCAGAUCAUAAUAACUAUCAUUACUAUGAUCUUAAUAAUCCUACUAAAGUUGCACUUGGUAAAGUGCUGAGAAAAGUAAAGACAAUUGUUGACUUCUUCUACUCACAAUUCAAUCGUUUGACUGAUCCAAAGUCAAGUAUAAAAACUAGUGAAGUAUCUGCUAGCCAGAAACCUGAAAUCGCGGUAAUUACAGUCAAACCUCAAGUAACCUCAACUCUCACAUAUGCUCCCAAGAUUAUAAGACCUCGGGUGACCUAUUAAGACAAUGAUCAAUUCUUAUUAAUGAUUAACACUUUCAUCACAUCUGUGAACAUCUUUAGUUUCGCAUUGCAAUAUCUGGAGCUUUCUCAAUUCUCAGAUUUAUUGAUCGUUACUUACGCCACAAAUAUUUUUACCAUGUAUCGCUAAUAAACUUGAAGUUUCGAUUUUA